CACAGAGCAUCUUGCUCAAGCUGUGACCAGGUGAAGGACCUUUGUUGAAAAACUAGCAACAGCAGUGACAUUGGACUGGUACUCCAGGGUCUGUCAGGAUGGGCUCUGCGGUCCUCUCUGCAGCUCUGCUCCUCUCUCUCUGCGGCUGCGCCUGCGCUCAGCAGGUUGACUUGGUGAGUCCGAGGAGAGGAAGCAUUAAUGGAGCCACUCGACUCACCAUCUCCGGAGAAGGUUUUGCCCAGGAGGGACAGUUCCGGCUGAAUCCAAAAGACGACUCGUUUGGGAACCGUGUGACUCUGGUGUCCAGCACGCUGUCCGUCCCCUGUGACGUGGAGAGAGACUCCACACACGGCAACCAGAUCAUGUGCUACACCAGACCCAUGCCACAAAACAAGUAUGUGGUCCACGUCAGCGUGGACGGCGUCCCCAUUCCCAACGCCAAGAUAUGCCGUGGAGCUUAUGGCCACUACCACUGCAGCUUCUAUACGGUGUGGUAUCGCACACCCACUAUAGACAGUGUGAGUCCGGUCACCGGUCCCCCAGGCACGAUCGUGACGCUGCGAGGACGAAUCUACACUGAUGUGUACGGAAGCAACACGGCCAAGAGCUCGAAUGGCCUCAACGUUAGAUUCCUCAGAUCCUACAUGGGAGGGAUGCCGUGUGACCUGCUCAAAAAAGACUCCGACGAACUGUAUGGGCUGAAACUGGAUCAUGAGAGUUCUCACCAUGGAUCCAUGAGCUGCAAAAUGACAGGAACUUAUGUUGGCCAUCACAAUUGGAGCUACAUCCUUGAUAAUGACUUUGGAAGGAGUUUGCCACAGAAGAAAUUGUUUUGGGUUUCAUCAAAUGGAAAACUUAACAUGUUCCAGACGUAUGCAGAGGUGACGGGGGUGUCUCCUUCGGUGGGAAGCGUCAUGGGCGGGACGCUGCUGACCGUCCACGGGCGCUUCUUCGACGAGACCGAUCGCCCAGCGCGCGUGCUCGUCGGAGGCCAGCCUUGUAAAAUCCACAGCGUGGCUCCAGACAGAAUUACGUGCGAGACGUCCGAGCGGCGGAUGGACCGCAACAUGACGAUCCAUCCAGGCGGGAGAGGCUUGAAGAUGCAGGUGUGGAACGAUACGGCGCCCCGUUACCUGAGUGGCAUCUGGGACUACAGCGAGAACACGACCGGCUACUGGUCCGAGUGGGUCGACUCCCUGCCCCAACGCUUCGAGACCUCAUUGAAUCGCUUCACCUCGAAAACUUCAGGCUUCUUCGUGCCUCCCGCCAGCGGCAACUACAGGCUGUACCUGCAGUGUGACGACCGCUGUGAGCUCCACCUCAGCAACUCCAGCCGGCCAGAAGAUAAGGUCAAAGUUGCCCACCAGCCGUAUUUCGUCCCCGACUUCAACAGACUGGACUCACAGAAGACUGAAGUGUUGGCUCUCGAGGACAAACCAUAUUACCUGGAGAUUCUGCAGCAGGAAUACGGUGUUGAAGCCACCUUCAACCUGGGCCUGUUUCGCGAGAGCAGUCCCUUCACAGAGGCCCAGACAGACGACGCCGUCAACGAAGUUCAAUACAUCGAGAUUAAAUAUGACGUGUUUGAUGAGGAACAGGAGCUUGUCUUCGACAUGUGGCCCACCGGCGCUGCUGGAAAGAAGGAGGUGCAGAGGGUGACUGUUGAGAGCAGCUGCCCCAGCCAUCUGUGUGGGAGCACUUUCUACAGCCUGGCCUUCGGACACGCCAAGACUGGUCCCAUCCCAGUCAGUGCUUCAGCAAGUGUGGUUGAAGCAGCUCUGAACAGCUUGUGGAGCAUCAAGCCCGACACGGUCGCGGUCACCAAGCAGAUCGACGGCAAAAAGAUCCACUACACCGUCGUAUUCAAUUCAGACAGAGGGGAUUUCACACCACUUGAUUAUCAGGUUUUUGGUGACGUCAACAUCACUGUUACUGAGGUUACAAAAGGCAGAAGCACCCUGGAGACCUUCACUCUGCUGUGGGGCGGAGUCCCGGCAGCGCCCCUCGCCUUCAACGCCACUGAGUCUGAGGUGCUGUCAGCUCUGGAGGACUUGAUGAAGCCCGAGUGUCCGGCUGAGAUCCUGACGACUGAAGGAGUCAAUGUGAAAUACUUCAACGACUUUGAAGCUGAUAACCCCAAGGUUUGGACUCCGGAAAAUAAUCCUGGCACUCCUGUGAAAUACUCCAGUUUCUGUGGCUCCUGGUCGAUGAAGAACGCUAAAUCUAUUUUCAGUGAAGUCCACACCAAAGAGAACGGAGAUGCCUACGGGCCAGUUUCACUGGACGAACACCCGAUGCUUUGCUUUGCGUACAGCGGAAACAUGAAGGAUGAAGUCCAAGUGAAGUUCAAGUUUCGCAACAGUGAAGGCAAAGAAAAACAAGAGGUUGCAAAAAUAAGCACCGUCUUCAUGAAAGGACCCAAUUGGAGCUACAAAUGCAUGAACCUGCUGAGCUCUCUGCAGACCGAGUACGUUGGCAGUCAGUACAAAGCGAGGGAGAUUUCCCUCCCCAGAGACGCUUCUGGUGAAGAUUUCUAUGUAGACGCUGUUCACAUCGGAAAGAGAGCCACCACAUUUGAUGAAAACGAUGUUAUCCGUAAGAGGAGGCAUCCUCCUUUUGAGAGCGCCGGCUGGAACAUCGACAUGUUCACCGUUACCAAAGACCUUUCACACGAUUCUCAGAUCAGCUACAAGAUCAAAGCUACACCUCACGAGUGUGCGUUUGGCUUUCCGCUUCUGGAUGUUGGCUUUAGUGAGAAAGUCAACAGCACCGAGGACUCGGCGGUGUUCAGACACGGAGCGUUCAGCGCCAACGUCUCUCGCCUUCGCGCCGCCACCGCCCCUCUGAAUGGAACCUUCGACGUGGAGAGUUACGGAGGAAGAGCCGAAGGUCUGUCUGUUGACAUCAACGUGGACGACCUGAAGUACGCUCUGGAGGGGAUCGAAGGCAUGGGCCAAGUGAAGGUGGAAAACCGGGGGAACUGCCGACGUCCCAGGUGGAGGGUGGAGUGGCUGACCAAUCCUGGAAACCAGCCUCUCUUGAAGUUCAAUUACUCGUCAGUUGUCGGUGGAAACGUUGAAGUUUUCGCUCGUGAGACAACUAAAGGCGGGCUGCUGAUUCGAGCACUGACGGGGGAUUUCUUCCGUGUCUGGGAAAACACACCACAGGUGGAGGUUCAGAUCAACGGGAUUCCCUCAAAGUGUUCUGGUAACUGCAGCUUUGAGUGGUCUGAAGAGAAAACUCCCGUUGUGACUGGAAUCAGCCCGUCUCAAGGAUCUAACGGUCUGGGAACUCUUCUGACGAUCACUGGCACCGGCUUCAGUAAUGAAAACGCCUCCAUCAUGGUGGGAAAUUCCAGUUGCCAAGUUCAAGAGAUUACAGAAACCUCUCAAGUGUGCAGACUGGGCAGCGCUAGCGCUGGGGCCCACCCUGUGUGGGUUAACUUCCCCUCUCUGGGUAACGCGCGCUAUGCAGACGACAACAUCCUCUACUUCACCUACCAGCUCAUCGUUUCCUCCUUCGCUCCUCUGUCGGGGAGCAUCGCAGGAGGCACCCUGCUGACAGUGAAGGGCUUCGGAUUUAGCCGGAACACCACAGUGACUGUGGGCAGUCGGGAUUGUGCAGUGGUUCAUGCCAGUGACACUGAGCUGAAAUGUAGAACACCAGCUGGAGCUGCAGGGUCACAGAGCGUCACCGUCACGAUGGGAACCAUGAGUCAAACAGCCAGCAGCUCCUUCACCUACGAUGCUGCGCUCACAGCGCAGAUCUCAAGCAUCAGUCCCCGGAGUACCGUCGUGUUCGGAACCCGAGUUCUCACCAUCCAGGGCUCCAACCUCGGCACACAAGACAACGACAGCAUGGUGCUCGUGGGCGGGAAGGAGUGUGCGUCUGUGCAGUGGACGGCGACAAGCAUCACCUGUCGUCUUCCCGAUCUGCCGCCGGGCCUGCACGAGGUGAACGUGCAGGUCGGCAACAGCGGCUACCCACAGACCAGUGGAGUGAAUACGAGCGUCGAAUACGUCCUGGAAGUCCACAGCGUCUCCCCUCUGUUCGGCUCUUUAAUGGGGGGAACCAAGCUGACCAUUUCUGGCUCCGGCUUCAGCAACAACACGUCUGACAACAAAGUGACUGUCGGAGCCGUCCAGUGUGACGUGACCGACGCCUCGGAGGACGAACUGCACUGUGUUGUUCAGUCGGAGGAUAAAACCCACACUGUCACUAACCAGGGGUCUGACUACGCCAACCGGCCGGGAUUUGCAUGGAGUCCUUCUUCACUCACAGUGUUUGUGGGAGACACCGUGACGUGGCGCUGGGAGGCUCCUCCGUUCAGUAACUUCAACUACAAGGUCGUCAGUGUUUCCACCCCGAGUUCUGUCGAAUAUAACCAAGGUCCCCUCAACAGCGGAGAGCCCAAGACCUCAGGGUUUUACAGCUACCGUUUCUCUGAGCUCGGUGACUACUACUACAGCAGCGGCUACAUUAGAGCAGGCGGCUCAGACAAGCUGCAGGGAGUGGUGAAGGUGACGAGACGGGAGGACAAGAGCGGAGACGUCUCUGUCGCUGUGAACGACUUCGAGGCUCACAUUGCCCCAGGAGGGUCUCGUCGUGUCUCCAGAGAAGCCCCGCAGUGUGUCGCGUCCCCUCAGUGUCCUCAGACCAACCAAACCUCCAGCGGCUUCUCCUACACCGCCUCCAGAUGCGCCACCCCCACGGUCCGCUCCAUCGCCCCCAACCAGGGCUCGUACCACCAAGUGAUCCACAUCGAGGGCAGCGGCUUCAGCGACGUCGCCUGUGCUAAUGAGGUGACCGUGGGAGAUCAGCCCUGCCAGGUGAUCAACAGCUCCCAGUCUGAGAUCAACUGCCAGCUCAGCCCCGACUCGGCGCUGCCGGUCGGCCUCGCUCACCCCGUGGCCGUGCGGGUGAACAACCUCGGCAGCGCCGUCAUCGCCGUGCAGAGCGAGUAUGGCCGCCGCUUCGUGGUUCUGCCCGUGGUCGACUCGGUCUCGCCUCCCAUCGGCAGCACCACCGGCCUGACGCGGCUCCUCGUCCGCGGAUCGGGCUUCUCUGCCGGUCUCGUGACGGUGGCCGGCGAGCCGUGCGACGUCCAGACGGUCAACUACACCCACGUCGUCUGCGACACCGCGGCCUCUCGGCCGCACACCGGGGACGUCAUCUUCACGGCGGGCGGGAUCCGGAGCUCCUGCCACUCAAACUGCUCCUUCGUGUACUCCUCCUCCGUCAUUCCCACAGUCGCCAGCAUCUCCCCCAACAGCAUCGAUGGAAUGACCCCCGUGACCAUCUCCGGCUCCGGGUUUGGAAGCCAGGUGGAGGACGUGGCUGUUUUUGCUGGAACCACAGAGUUAGAAGUGACUGCGGUGAGCGACAGUGAAAUCGAAGCGACGGUCAGCGCCCUGCCUGCAGGAGACCAUCCAGUCACAGUGAUCAUCAGAAGCAGAGGCCUGGCGUCUGGCGACACAACCCUGACCAGCGUGGCUCGGGCCACCCUCAGCCCCGAUGUGGGCAGCCUGGCGGGGGGAACGCCGCUGGUUUUCACCGGAAACGGCUUCGCGGCGGGAAACACGAGCGUCACAGUGGGAGGGAAAACCUGCGAGAUUCAGGAGGUGACGGCGAGCCUCCUCCGCUGCCUGACGCCUCCAAACAGCGAGGGGCUGGUGACCGCCAGCGUCAGGGUUUUCUCUGUGGAGUAUUCUCCUUUCAACUUCACCUACUCUGUGGACCAAACCCCCGUCGUCAGCUCGGUCAGCCCUGCCACCGCGCCGAGCGGCUCCGCCAUCACUCUGACGGGUUCAGGGUUCGGCAGCGACCCUGACCUCGUCUCCGUCACCAUCAACAGCGUCCCCUGCGACGUCUCAUUCGUGUCCGACACACAGGUUCUGUGCACCGCUGGCGACAAUCCCGGAGGAGCCUAUCUGGUUAUGCUGCACCACCAGGUCAAAGGUCAAGCUCAGUCCGAUGUCAUGUUCACAUAUGAGCUGACUCUCAGCAGCGUGCGGCCUGAUGAGGGUAGUUUUGGCGGCGGCGCCCUGCUGUCCAUCCACGGCUCCGGCUUUGACCCGCAUCACUCGGCGGUGCACAUCUGCGGCCAAGAGUGUGAAGUCGACAGAGAAAUGUCGACAUCGACCCGACUGUACUGCCAGUCUCCUCCAAACAACAGCACCGAGGCGGAGGUGAGCUGCACCGUCGCCGUCGUCAACCUGCUGGACGCCGCCAACACAUCGAAUGGCUACACGUACAGAUCCCAGCUGACUCCGGUGAUCUCCGAGGUGUCUCCCCGCAGGGGGGGAACCGCCGGAGGCACCCGGCUCACCAUCUCCGGCUCCGGUUUCAGCACUGAUAUGAAUGAAGUCAACGUGACGAUCGCGGGGUCGGUGUGCGACAUUCAGUCCACCAACAGCACACACAUCAUCUGUGUGACCAACGCCCAGAACCAGUCGCAGGAAACCAAAGUUAGAGUCAGCAUUGGAGACCGAGGCAUCGCCGGCAUGGAAAAUGCAGAUUUCUUCUACAUCGACGUGUGGUCAUCCAGGUUUACGUGGGGAGGCCUCUCUCCGCCUGAGAAGGGCUCAUUCGCGGUCAUCACUAAAGGACAAACCAUCCUGCUGGACACCAGCACCCCUGUGCUCAAAAUGCUCCUCAUCCAAGGCGGGACGCUGGUGUUUGACGAAGCGGACAUCGAGCUGCAGGCAGAAAACAUCCUGAUCGCGGACGGUGGGCGGCUCCAGGUCGGUCAGGAGGGGGCGCCGUUCCAGCACAAAGCCAUCAUCACGCUGCAUGGAAACCUGCGCUCACCUGAGCUGCCCGUUUACGGCACCAAGACGCUCGCUGUCAGAGAGGGCGUGCUGGACCUCCACGGUAUUCCUGUUCCCGUCCCCUGGACCCGAUUGGCUGCGACUGCGACCAGCGGCUCCACCACCCUGACCUUGAUGCAGGCCGUGACCUGGAAAGCAGGAGAUGAGAUUGUCAUCGCCUCCACCGGCCACAGACACAGUCAGAGAGAGAACGAGGUGAGGAGGAUCGCCUCCGUCUCGGCCGACGGACUGACCCUCACGCUGAGCGAGCCGCUGGACUACACGCACCUCGGGGUGUCCGUCCAGCUCCCUGACGGCACCGUGUUUGAGGGCAGGGCUGAGGUGGGCCUCCUCACCAGGAACGUGGUGGUCCGAGGCUCGCAGCACUUCGAGUGGGACGAGACCAUCAAAGCCUGCGACGCCGGGUUCGACACAGGCGAAUUUGCCACUCAGACCUGUUUCCAGGGACGCUUUGGAGAGGAGGCUGGCAGUGAUCAGUUUGGAGGCUGCAUCAUGUUUCAUGCACCCCGACCGAGUGAGAACUUGGCCAUCGGCAGGCUGGAAUAUGUUGAGGUCUACCACGCCGGACAGGCCUUCCGGUUGGGACGUUAUCCCAUCCACUGGCAUCUGAUGGGGAAGAUCGGCUACGAAUCCUACGUGAGGGGCUGCUCCAUCCACCAGACCUUCAACAGGGCCGUGACCAUCCACAACACCCACCAGCUGCUGGUGGAGCGGAACGUCAUCUACGACAUCAUGGGCGGGGCCUUCUUCAUCGAGGACGGCAUCGAGACCCAGAACAUCCUGCAGUACAACCUGGCCGUGUUUGUCAAGCAGAGCACCAGCCUGCUGAACGACGACAUCACUCCCGCCGCCUACUGGGUCACCAAUCCGGACAACAUCAUCCGCCACAACGCCGCGGCGGGCGGCACCCACUUCGGCUUCUGGUACCGCAUGCACGAGCACCCGGACGGCCCGUCCUACGACCCAAACAUCUGCCAGAAGAAGGUUCCUCUCGGGGAGUUCUUCAACAACACCGUGCACUCGCAGGGCUGGUUCGGACUCUGGAUCUUCCAAGACUUCUUACCGAUGGAAACUGGAGGCUGCCGCGCCAAGAUCCCCAAACCCGCCGUCUUCCGUUCCCUCACCACCUGGAACUGCGAGAAGGGGGCCGAGUGGGUCAACGUGGGCGCCGUCCAGUUCAGCGACUUCGUCAUGGUCAACAAUGAGAAAGCCGGCAUCGAAGCCAAACGCAUUUUACAGUCGUUUGUCGACGGCUAUGGAGAAGACGGAGGAGCGGCGGUGUCCAACAGCACCAUCGUCGGCCACGUGGACGAGCUCCAGCUGGGGAGCGACUACUGCACCCAGCGAGGCGUCAUCCUGCCCUUCGACGACGGCAUGAGCGUCCUGAACACCAAGUUCAUUCACUUCGACCGCAGCCCCUGCGCGGCCAUCGGGGUCACCAAGAUCGACGGGACGUGCACCGAUCGGUGCGGAGGCUGGGCCGCCAGGUUUGCCGGCAUUGAGUACUGGAAAUCACCCAACAAGGCCGGGUUCAGGUGGGAGCAUGAAGUGCAGCUGCAGGACACGGACGGCUCACUGACAGGUAACGUCGAUCACACCGUCGUGCCCAUGAGCAACCUGCUGGACCCGGCUCACUGCUCCCAGAGUCCUGAGUGGAGUGUGGGCUUCCCCGGCGCCGUGUGUGACCAAACCGUUGCCUUCCACCGUUUGUCCUUCAACAACCCAACGCCAAGCUCUCUCGCUGCAAAGGACGCCAUCUUUACCAACCCCUAUGGCACGAGCGUGGUCCCCUAUUUGAAGAAGAGAAUGACUCAUAGGUUCGGCUGGAUGGCUUUGCUGCCCUCUGGAAAGACGUACAACUGGUACUUUGACAAUGUGGACCACAUCACAAACAUCAGCUACAGUGCAAAGUUUUACAGUUUCAAGUCGGAUCAGUAUGUGAUCAUGAAUCACAACUUCACCCAGAGUCCGAACAGUUUCCGCAUCAUAGACAAGAGAAACGGCUCCGCGUCGCCUCUGAGCUUCAGCAGCAACGACAACGGCGACUGGUACUUCGACGAAGACACCAACGACCUCUUCUACAUCGUGUCUGGGAAGAUGAACGCUCGCAGGAGACGAAACAGCGUCGACCGCUCCAUGACUGACGUCGCAGUGAACUUCCAAGUCUACCGCUGCUUCUUCCCGAACUGCAUCCCUCCUCCUCCCCCUCCCCCGGCCACGCUCCCCCCAUUGCCCAGCGGCCGACCGGACGACUUCAUUCUUUGGUCUAACACCUCUUUCUGGAGCAAUUCGGCUGAAAACAACUUCACGGUUCCUGCAGAGGGCACCGAUGUGGUCAUCCCGCCAGGGACGUGGGUUGUUUUGGAUAGCGACACUCCUCCGCUCAACAAGCUGACGAUCAUCGGAGUCCUCGAGAUCCCCGACGACACAAACAGCUCGUCCUCCAGACCGGCUCGCUCUGUUCCUGAGUACAGGACAGUGGUGAUCGACGCCGUGUACAUCUCCAUUCAGGGAGGCAGGAUGAUCGCCGGCUGGGAAGACGAGCCGUUCAGAGGCCAGCUGCUCAUCAAGCUGAGAGGAAACCAUGACACCCCUGACUGGCCGCUGCCCAAUGGACCCAACCAGGGCUCCAAAGUGCUGGGCGUCUUUGGUACUCUGGAGCUCUUCGGCCUUCCGCUUGCUGUUUACCACACCAAGCUGGCUGCGACUGCCGCGGCUGGAUCGAACUCUCUGACGCUGAGCGAGUCUGUGGACUGGCAGGUUGGAGAUGAAGUUGUCGUCUCCACCACCAGCUACAACCCGUGGGAGACGGAGAAACAUACCAUCACUGCCGUGUCGGCAGACGGCCGCACUCUGACCCUGAGCCAACCGUUGACCCACACCCACAUCGGUGAGACUCACUCGGUGUCGGGUUCGUCUUACUCCUACACGCUGGCAGCCGACGUCGGCCAUUUGACCAGAAACAUCAAGAUCAUCGGUCAGGAGUAUCCACAGAUGAUGGAAGAGUCGUUCGGAGCCCGGCUGCUGGUCGGCUCGUACUCCUGGGAAGGAAUCGACUACAAAGGCAAAGCUCAGAUCAGGAACGUGGAGUUUUACCGUUCUGGUCAGGAGGGCUGGACCGAUUCGUACGACCCACGCUACUCUGUGGCCUUCCUGAACCUGGGGGAGGUUUCUGGAGACACAUACAUUCAGGGCUGCGGCAUCCAUGACGGCUUCUCUCCGGCCAUCGGCGUCUUCGGAACACACAACCUGAAGAUUGACCAGAACGUCGUGCACCGGACUGUUGGAGAAGCCAUCAGGAUUUGGGGCGAUAAUGUGACCGUGAGGCGGAACCUGCUGAUGCUGGCUCAGUGGCCCGGGUCCUACCAGGACCGAGAGGAGCCCUUCAACUUCGACUGGAACGCUGCGUUGGAGGUUAACGAGGGUACAAACACCGUGCUGCAGCAUAACAUCGUCGCAGGUUAUGAGAGAGUCGCGUAUCGCAUUAAUGGUGAACCGUGCCCAGGCAUUGAGAACAAUAACGAGAAGUGGCUCCAUAACGAAGCUCACGGCGGUUUGUUCGGAGUCUACCUGAACGAGGACGGCCUGCCCGGCUGCAGCUGGGUCCAGGGUUUCUUCGUCUGGAGGAGCUUCGACUACGGCGUCUACUUCCAGACAAUCAUGAACGUCGUCAUUUCCAACGUGACCCUGGUGGAUAACGGGAUGGGCGUCAUGCCUCUCACCUUCGCUCCGCCCUCGCUCACACACGCGUUCGCUGAUAAAACUGUACACGUUCAAAAUGCUCUGAUUGUUGGCAGCAGCCCGAACUUCAACUGCUCGGACACUUUGCCCAGCAGUGACUUUAAUAUCGCCGUCAGCUCGGGUCACAGAGCUCCCAGACCUGUCAAUGGAGGUCGAUCUGGAGUUUGUUGGCCUAAUUUUGCUUCUGGACACAACACCGCUCCAUUCAAGCCCCAUCACCUCAACAUGAACUACAACGCCAUUAAAGGCCUGAUGACGGUCACGGAUACGACGUUUGUGAAUUUCAAAGACGUCUGCUCCGGCGAGACGAACGUGAUGUUCAUCACCAACUCGCUGAACGAGGACCUGCAGCACCCCGUCCACGUUUCGGGCAUCAAGAUGGUGGACAGCACUGAGAAGGGCAAAGUCUUCAUUCACAGGCCUGAUCUCGGGAAGGUGAACCCGGCCGACUGCGUGGACAUGGACUGCGAUGCGAAGAAGAAGACGUUGCUGAAGGACUUGGACGGCUCCUUCCUGGGCGCCGUGGGAGCUGUGGUGCCUCAGUCCGAGUUUGAGUGGGACGGAGACCCCAGGAGGGGGCUGGGCGACUAUCGCAUCCCCAAAGUCAUGCUCACCGCCCUCAACGGCAGCCGGAUCCCGGUCAGCCAGAUCGCCCCAAACAAAGGUGUGAUCAGGAAAAACUGCACCUACGUGACUUCCUGGCAGAGCUACAAAUGCUUCGGGCUGAACCACGAGAUGCUGGUGAUCGAGAGUCUGGACGCCGACACGGAGACCCGACGUCUGUCCCCCGUCGCCGUGCUCAGUAACGGCUUCGUGGAUCUGAUCAACGGCCCUCAGGAUCACGGGUGGUGCUCCGGCUACACCUGCCAGAAGAGAGUGUCCCUGUUUCACAGCAUCGUGGCCACCGGUCAGUCCCUGGACGUCUUCUUCUCCAGCGUCAGCCCUCAGAAACUCCGCCUCAUGUUGCUCAACGCCGAUGCAUCUGAGAGUGUUUUGGUGUCAGUUUUCUACUCAAGCCCGCAGCGACUCGACGUUUACGUCAACAAUCAGCUGAUCGCUCCGACUAAUGCUCAGUGGAACCAAGACAAAACUGACUACACCCUGAACAAGCCCCUUUACGCAGGCCAGUACGUUCCUCAGCUGAACGCCACUUUGGGCACAAACUACUUCGAUCAGGACUUCAAAAUGCUGAAGGUCCUGGUGAGAGGCUCCACGCCGGUGGAGAUUCGGACCUCCCCCGUCCUUUUCCUCGCCUUCAACCUGCCCGCCUUGACGGAGGAGGAGUUCUUUGGCGACAAGCUGGUCCAGAACAUCGCUCUGCUCUUCAACAUUCCUGCCGACAUGAUCAGAAUCACCAAAGUCAUCAGGGAGGACGGAGGCUCGCGGCGCAGGAGGAGAUCCACGGGUCUGACGGUGGAGAUGGAGAUUAAGAAACCUCCAGUCCAGCAAACCACAAACAGCACCAACGAUGAGGAGGACUUCACGCUGCUGAAGAACAUCGCAGAUGAUCUGGGACAGGCGGCGGUUUCCGGAACCCUCAGCGGGUCCAUCGGCUUCAACGUGUCGUCGAUGGGAGUGGUCGCCCCUCCUCCUCCUUCCUCAGACCCCGACUGGAACGAGGUGGCAACAGAAGAAGUGACGAGAGAGGAGCCUAAAGUCAGUUUCGUGACCAGCGUGGAGGAGCUGCUGCUGAUGGUCCCGCCUGUAGCCGGGGAGUUUGUGGGUCUUCUGCUCCAGCAGCCCAGUCUGAUGGCUGUGGACGACGAGGGUAACUGUGUUUCUGUGGGAGUAACGACUCUCACAGCGACUGCCAGUCUGAAGGACUCCAGUGGAAACAGCGUGGAGGGACUCGGAGGAAACACCACCAUCCAGUUCAGCUCCUGCUGGGCCAACUUCACCGACCUGGCCGUGCUCAACAGCGGUGAGAACCUCAUCAUGGUCUUCACAUUGAAGGAGUGGGACACGCAGUCGAGAGCGUUCUCCGUCAAAAACAUCCCCACCACCCAGCCGCCCACAGUCACCAACUCCACCAGCCCCAGCACCAACACACCGGGGCCCACUGACGACAGCAUUUUCGACUCCAGCGCUGCCGUGUCUGCGGGCGGUCUGUGUCUGCUCAGCGUCAUCUACACCAUCACCUGCUGCUUAGACAUCGGCUUUAUAUGUUAGACCUCCACGAUAGGGCUGUAAAGACGUCUCAGGGUUUUAUUAAGGUGCUUCUGCUGACAUUUAUUGUCACUUAAACAACGCACAAGGGUGUUUUCUGGUUCUUGGGAUUUUUUUUUUUUUUUUAAAUCAUAGAUAGGAAUAAAACACAUUUAAUCCAAAGUACAAGUACAGACACGUGUCAAAAUAUUAUGAUCCAAAUUAGAAACACUACAGCUGACUGAAAUUUUUAACUGAAAUGAGGCCAUGUCUGUGGAAUUUGCUGUUGCUCUCUAUAUGUUCCCUUAAAAAUCUUUACUCUCAGCUAAAUGGGGCCUAAUUCUCCCAAUUAAAGACGUCCCAUUAAAUAGGUAUUAUGACAUUUUUUCUGUUAUUUAAUAAAAAUCAGUCUCUGUGCAGGGAAUGCUGAUGUUGGAGCAGUAGACAAAAUUCUUCUCGAAUAAAAAUUUUAAAUGAAGUUACAGUGAAACUGACUGUCUUUCGUGAAAAUAUUUAACACAAGGAUUAAAAUUUAGAAGUUAUCCAAUAAAAGCAUGCCGAUAUUCUAUAUUUUUACUUCAUCUCUUCCCACCUUCGUCUUUCUAUCCUGUGUGCUGUUAAUGUUGUGCAAAAGCUGUGAAGUCCAUUUAACCCUGAGGUGACUGGUUAUGUUUCUGUAGAGUCACUGUCCUACGUGUUUUCAGUGUGUUCCUCCUCUCACACACCUCACCUCUACUAUAGGCUGUAUUUGUGACAAGUGCAAUAGUAAACUUAAAUCUGAAGGAAACAUGAAGUUUUACAGCUUUGAUAAAAAUGAGUUGCAUUGUGAGGAUUGUACUAGUUUCUUUAAAUAAAGUCUAUUUUUUUCCCUGAUGAA